CAGUUUUCGCCGAGACAUUCAACCGUUCGCAUCGCGGGUGUCGUUGCUGCGAAGCGCCGUUUGUGCUUCGUUUGUCUCCGGAGGCAAUAACUGUUUUGUGUCCGCCGGUCGCGGUUUUCCCCAAAAAACUUCCGUUACGGAUCGCUUCAUUCCGUGUUGGUGUGUGUUUUUUUUCUGUGCCCAGUGGUGGCCAGUGUGUCGAAGAAGCUGAGGUGCAGCAACAGCAGCAGCAGGAAGAGGUGAAAUUAAGAAGAAAACAAAAACAAAAGUGAAAGUUAACCGGUGGUGUUACAGAAGUUAGGAUUAGCAUAGUAUCGUUCGAGUGUUUCGAAGCUGCUGUGUACCAGCGUUUGAAAUCUGCAGAAAACAAAAAAAAACGGAUUAUCAAUUUCGUUGAAUCAAUCGUCCAACAGUGUGUGUCUGUGUGUGCGCGUGUGAGGCCACACAAAAAGGCAUCCUGCCAAACGAAAACGGUAGCAGCAAGCAUCAACACCAUCCUUCAAAAGGAUCCCCAACCGCGCAGGUGAUUAAUGAUAGAACGUCCAAGUCGUCGCUAGGUCAACGCUACCAACGAUUACGUCAACCACGAAGCCGAUACUUCGAUGCCCCCUCAUAAUUGAAUGAGUUACCACGAGACCAAUAGCCCGGUGGCACCAUAGCGCGCUUCACAUCGACAUUCGACCCUGCAAUCAACCGACUAUCCAGCGCUCCCGACCUCCCGGUUCCAGCAGUACACCUCGGGUCAUCGACGUCGGAACAUAAUUUUUGCCAGUCGGAAGCUGCUGAUCGUCUGCUGAUCGUGUGGCCAUCGCCGCAACCGCCGCCGCCAACGACGACGACGACGCCGACGCGGAUACGAUGGGUUCGUCCGGAUGGUGCCCCCGGUUUGGGGCCGCAGUUUGGCUGACCUUCCUCGUUGUGCUGGCCAUCGAGGCAGCCGACCCCAUCGGCACGGGUGGACCGGCGAUGGUGCACGUCGGCGAGGACGCACUGCUGACCUGCGUCGUAAUGACGCCCUUCAACAACGAUACCGUACUGUGGCGCAAAGGACCCCACGAGAUCCUGUCGGCGGGCAUGAACCGGGUGACGGGCGAUCGACGGAUCAGCGUGCUGCAUGAUGAUUCUCCUUCAGGGCGCACGCCGCUCGGUGGCGACGUUUGGGUGCUGCUAAUUAAAGAGACACGCCUCAACGACUCGGACGUGUACGUGUGCGAGGUGAACAGUGACCCGAUUGUCCGGAGUUUCCAUCCACUGACAGUGCGCCAGCCAAAGAAGAAGGGAGCAACGGUGGGAGCCGGUAGCCGUAAUGGUACGGUGACGCCGACGACCACAUCGACACCCGGUUCGUCAGCCGUGACAUCACCGAAGGGCGACGCCGUAGGUUCGACGCAAUCACCGGAAACGGGUGCGUCAAGCACGUCCGAGGAGGACGAUGGUGGCGAUUCGUCCUUCGAUGCGUACACGGACUCCGAGGAGGAAGUCAGCGCGGACGGUGUACCGUUGGUGACGCACGAUUUCACUGACUGCUGCGUGGCCAACAAUGUGUCCAGUGGGUGUAUGGGUUUCUGUGUGCUGCAUAACAUCCUCGAUGGUUCGGCCGGCGUCGAACCGGAGAUGUGCGAGAAGGACUUCCCGGGUAUCGUGCGGUGCAUGGCCGAUGGUCGCAAUCAUGUGCCGUGUUGUGUGGAGAAGGGCAUCCCGGAUCUGUGUCAGGAUAUGUGCCGUGGUGAAUAUACACCGUUUACGGAUUUGCUCAAGUCGCGCGUCUCCUGCGUACAGCACACGCUGCCCGGGCUACAGUGCAUUCUGGAUAAUAUCCAGCGGUUACCGUCGGAACCGCAGUCGGUCGCCGUCGAACCGUUGACCGAACGGUCGCUGCAGGUGAGCUGGUCUGUGCCGGAGAAGCUGGCGGCCAGUGUGAGUACGUACCGCGUCGAAGCCGUCAUGCUGCACUCGUUCGAUCAGGACUAUCUGGCGAAUGACACGGAGGCGAACCGGCCGACGGAACCGAUGCUGACGAGUAAGGUGCUGCAGGUACCGGCCAGUCAGAAGAGUGCCGUCUUAUCGGAUCUGUCACCGUUCACCAUGUACACCGUCACGGUGACGGCCAUUAACGAUCACGGUUCCAGUCUACCGAGCACCCGGAUCCGGGCGCUAACGCUAGAAGGUGGUGCGGCCACCAAGCAGACCAGCGUUGCCGUCGUACCAGUGCUGCCAGACGUACGCGGAUGCUGCAUGAAGAAGGGCAUUACACACCGGACCUGCCUGGACAAGAUGUGCGAUCCGGUCAAGGCAGACUUUACCGAAGUGCCCGACCUGAUGGUUUGUGCACCCUGGGCCAACAUCACGUUCGCAUGCCUCGCUAACAACAUUGACCACACACCAUGCUGCAAAAGCCGUGGCAUUCCCGAGGGUUGCCUAUCGUUCUGCUCCGGCACCGUAAAGGCCAUCAACUUCAACUACUUCAAGUGUCUGCAGUACAUGUCCGAGUACAGUAGCUGCCUGCUGCAGGGUUACGGUGUACUAUCGGGACCCCCAUCGAAGCUCAAGGCACCUCUAAUCGCUAGUCACUUCGUAGUGCUCGAAUGGAAACCCCCGAAGAUCCUCCCAGACACGGUGACCGCGUACCAUUUGCAUUUCCGUAAGCUCGGUAGCGGUGAGGACUACACUGUGAUGGAGAAAGAUCAAGCGCCAGUGAUCGUGGAAGAUCUGGAAGCCGGCACAUACUACGAAGCGUUCGUCGUUGCAGUUAACGCCCACGGUAAGGGUGGCCCUUCGCCAAGGCUCGUGUUCCAAACGAAGCGCGAUGCAGCGAUGGAAGUGGCACAUGGUGCACACUACAACAUCUCAGCCUGUUGCCACGCAUCCGGACUAUUGCCUCAGUGUGCACCACUUUGUAGUUACGAUGCCAAGAUGUCGGACAUUCAGAAGCUCGGCAAUACAUGUCGGGGACAGAUCGGAACGAUCGUACGGUGUAGUGCCGGUGGCCGGGAUCAUACGUCAUGCUGUGCCCGGCGUGCCGUUCCACCGAAAUGUCAAUCGUUGUGCCGUGGAGUGAUCACCAGUUCACCGACCGAUUGUCUACCGUACGCCGGUAAUAUCAUUCAGUGCUUCGAGGAGGGUAUCGGCCACAUACCGGCACCGGUCGAGGAUCUGCACGUCACCUCCGUCACCAACACGUCGAUCUCGCUGGCCUGGGUACCGACGGAGACGGAACCGAACAACACGGACAACCGGCCGCUCGGCUAUCUCGUGCAGUACGGCAAGGUCAACAACAUGACCAUGUACGAGACGGUGAUCAAACUGGAACACGAACUGAACACCACGGAAACGGACAUCGAGCUGAAAGACCUUGAACCGAAAGCCCUGUACCGCAUCACGGUGGUCGCCCGGGGCGAUUAUGGUACGUCGUUGCCCUCGUCGAUGCUACUGAUCAACACUUCCCGUACCGAGUCGGCCAGUACCGUGUACGGGGCACCGUCACCACCACACUCACUGUCCGUAUCGGCGCACAGUGCCACCUGGAUCACGGUGUCGUGGCAACCGCCGGAAUUCUCUCAUCCACACGAGUCCAUCACGUACCGUGUGAUCCAUAAGGUGGCCAACAACUACACCGUCAUCGAUACGCGGUUGCUGUGGGUACGGAUCAACAAUCUGCUUCCGAAUACGCAGCACAUCGUGUACGUCGUUGCGAUCGGGGCUAAGGGAACGAGUCUUCCUUCGGAGACGCUCGUCGCUUGGACCGAUCCGGCUCUGCCAGCGUAUGUGGACCCACCGACCGUACAUCCAUCGGACAUCAUCUCGGAGGGUGGCUCGAUGACGAUCCUGUGCCUGGCGAUGGGUAACCCAGCACCCACGAUCUCUCUGUACGUCGGUGGACAUCUGGUACGGCAGGAUACGUCGCGGCAUAUGAUCACCGUGAUCCACAAUGUCACGACGGAUAUGGAGCACAUCUCGUGCUAUGCCGACAAUGGGUACGGUAUACCGAUGCAGGCUGCCAAGAAGGUUAACAUCAGCUUUGCACCAAGAAUACAGGCAUCAGGUAUUACCGUAGCAUCGGUUGGAGAGUCCGUUGAUCUCAAGUGUACGGUCCGGGCAAGGCCCAUCCCGAAGACGAUGUUCUGGCGUGAUCACGAUGGACGUGUGCCGGUCAUCCAGGGUGGUAACUACGAUAUGUCGAUGAAGAAUGAUGUCGAUGACAACUCGCUGUACGUGAUGACACUGACGAUCAACAAGCUCGGUGCGCAGGAUGUGGGAGAUUACUUCUGUCACGCCGAGAAUGCCCUUGGUUCCUCGACCCGUGCCGUAUCGGUGCGGAUCCGGAAUACGGCCGCCUCCUCCAACAUCUCCGAGUGUUGCGCGACGCAGAACGUUUCGGCGAGCUGUAUGAGCGCCUGUUCGUUCUACAUCGACAUCGAGAGUGUGAUCGAUCGACCGGAAUGUAUCGUGGAUUUCGAUAAGCUGAUGCGCUGUGCGGCUGAUGGUUCCGAUCAUCGUGGAUGCUGUGCCUCGAAGGAUGUACCGAGACGGUGCUUGAAUUGGUGCCGCGGUGAACCGAUCACACCGCCCGGUAUCUGUGCACUGACGCACACCCGUACGAUCGUCGGAUGUUUCCAGGAGAACCGCGAUCGACUACCGGGACCACCGCAGAAUCUUAAGGUGCAGGUGAUGAGCGAUGAGGAAGUUGUUAUCAGGUGGGAUCCACCGGUCAAGAAUCCGGCAACCGUCGAGGGUUACCGGGUGUUCUGGCAUGAUCUGGAGCCGGUCAGCGAGAACUUGUCGAACGUGAUCAAUGGGCUGGCGACGAGCCGCCUAGACGCCAAAGAGACGAGCAUCAAGCUGGAGGGUCUGAAGCCGAACGUCAUGUACGAACUGGUGAUCAAGGCCGGUAACCAUCUUGGAGCCAGUGUUCUGUCGGAACCGCUGCGCUUCACCCUUGGUGAUCAUCACAUCACCAGCGCUUCGCACACCUCGAAUGCGGGUGUGGUGAGCGGCAUUAUCGCGGGUCUGCUCGCGAUCGUGCUCGCCAUUGCGGCGAUCUUUAUCGUUAAGCGACGAAAGUUCGGUCAGAAGCAGGCCAACGGAGGCGUUGCGUUCGAGAAUCCGAGCUAUCUGCGUGAGAUGAACGUCGAGCAUGUUCAGAUACCGGCCGUUUCGGGCCAGAGCGUUACGGGAUCGGGCGCCGAUUGGCGCCAGGAAUCACUGCACACCGCCAACGGAACCGCGACGACCGGGCUGAACGUCGACAAUGGUGUCGUACCGAUGGCCACCGAGGUGAAUCCGUCGCUGUACGAGGAACUGAAGCUGGGCCACGAUCGGGCCGGUUUCAAGCGGCUCGUCUCCUAGGACUCACUUGCUGCAGGUGGCACAGUACUUGUACAUACCAGUGGACAGUUUUAGAUGUGAUCUAGUGCCGACAGAGAAGGAGGAGGAGCAGGAGGAGAAGGAGUAGAGGACACAUCUCCCAUCCUUUCUCUGGAUGAAGUGCGUGCAUGUGUGGAUGUAUGUGAGUGUGCACGUAUUCGGCGUGUUCGUGCGUGUUGUAUUUUGUAACUCACUUCGUAACGUUAGAGCCGCCAACCAGGGCGUAGGACAUGAGAAACCAGUAAGUAGCACGUAGAAAGGGAGGGAAGAAAAGAGAGAGAAAGAGAGCAAUUGAAGAGGGCCAGUAGGAGGGCUGCACCGCACACCAUAUCCCGAUGCCGAGACCACUUGACAGACCACUUACCACCACCACCACAACAGGACAGCAGUGCAAAGGGGAUGACUUGUAAGGAGAGGAUGAACGAUGACGAUGACGGUGAUGUUGAUGCCUCGUUUAAGACGGUUUAGAUUGGAUGCUUUUCCACUCGAUCAGUUUGUCCUGGAAUCUUAACCAAAAGCCCCAACCCUCCCCCAGCAGCAGCAGCAGCAACAGCAACAAGUGCCGGCUCUAGUCAAGCGACCGACGGCUCUACUAUUUACCAGCGGGAUGCCGGUCUACUACGACCAAAACCCUGUUGCUCCGAGGCGAGCUCGAAACCCUGGCCCUCUCUAGUUUUCUGUCGAAACGCAAGAAUCGCCCAGCUUGCUGCGUUCUAUGUAUAAGAGAAUUGUAAUGUCAGAUCUGUCCCCUGAUUGGUAUAUAUUGGAUUAGGUUGAACCAGCAGCUUUCCUUUGAAUCUCAUCUUACUAACCUCACCCCAAACGACACACACACUCACACACAGUUACCAACAGUUUGAGUAACUUUCCUCAAGGAAAGCAAAACCACAAUACCACCACACAGAACUGGCGUACCGGGUAGUAGCAUGUGUAACAUGCUAUCUCUCUCUCACACACAGAUACCUACUUUACACCCAGCUUAGUUUAAUGCAAAACGCAACAUAGCACCGCACCUCUAGUGGGAAUGUAUCGCAGCGGGCACCAUUCCAUACAACACACGCACACGGAAUGCCCAGCGAGUGGUCAGCGAGGCUGGCAAAUGGGAACUGAGGGACCCCCCUUGCAUUCCCUUUAAAUGCACAAAAUGGUAGAGUGGAUCGCGCAGUGGAGGGAAAGAGUGCAAAAGUGAUUGUAAUUUUAGAAGAAAAGAAGUGAAAGAGUUCGAAUCGAUGACCGUGUACCAGUGUGUCCGUUGGUUGUCGAAAGCCGAGAGAAGAAAAAAAAACGGUGCAAUAAGAUGUAAUGUUUAGUAGAGGCACAGAUAGAGCACCCCCAAAAGGGGGAGUGAGGGAGGAAAGAAAAUGGACAUCCGUUACAUACUUUUCAGCACACGGCACACGACGUUUGUACUAUAGAAGGAGUAACGGUGAGUGCGGUGCGGUGGUAAUCCCUUUGUGAACAUGUAUUAUGUUUUCGAAAUAGCGGAGAACGCAGUUCCGGUCGGGUGAAGCGAAAGCGUGAUGGCGUUGCAGUGGAUUGAAGCAAUAAAUUUGAGGAUAGUUUUUUAAUAAAAAAAAUUAGAAAAA